GAAAAACAUAUGCAGAAAUGAAAUGAGCCAAAGCGGCAAUCUAUUGAAAUGACUCAGAUGUAGCCAGCACAGGCCCUGGCUCACUACAUGUCCUUAACAAUUUUGCUCCUUGAAGUGGUGGCACCUAUGGUUGCAGCUAGUUAGGGACACAGGAAGUGAUGUUCCCCCUUCCUCAGAAGGAAUGCAGGGAGCCUGCCACCUGUCUGGGCUCGGCCUCCCCACAGGACAUGGGCCGAUACUGUCCGGGUGACGUGGAAGGAGAAUGCUCCAGAAGAGCAGAGCUGACGCGGCCAGAGCUCUGUGGAGUUGGUGAUCCCAUCGCCAUGUUCUCCUCUGCCAGCUCCUGCCUGUCCUCCAGAGGCAGAGACAUCAAAUGGUUCUGGGACUCGGCUGAGGAGGGCUACAGGACCUACCACAGGGAUGAGUAUGACGAGGACAAGAACCCCAAUGGCGUCAUUAACUUGGGCACCAGUGAGAACAAACUCUGCUUUGACCUGCUGUCCAGGCGGCUGACUCAGAGUGACAUGCUGCGGGUGGAGCCGCCCCUGCUGCAGUACCCUGACUGGAGGGGGCACCUGUUCCUCCGGGAGGAAGUGGCUAAGUUCCUGUCUUACUACUGCAAGAGCCCAGCACCCCUCAAAGCAGAGAAUGUGGUUGUUCUGAAUGGCUGUGCCUCUGUCUUCUCUGCUCUGGCCACGGUGCUGUGCGAGGUGGGGGAGGCUUUCCUGAUCCCCACCCCUUACUAUGAAGGCAUCACGAGGCAUGUGUAUCUCUAUGGCAACGUCCGACUGGCCUAUGUCUAUCUGGACAGUGAGGUCACUGGGCAGGACACACGCCCCUUCCAGCUCACGGUGGAGAAGCUGGAGACGGCCCUGCAAGGAGCUGAAUCUGAGGGUGUCAAGGUCAAGGGCCUCAUACUCAUCAACCCCCAGAAUCCUCUGGGGGACAUCUACUCCCCGGAAGAGCUGCAGGAGUUCCUGGGAUUUGCCAAGAGGCACUCGCUGCAGGUGAUCCUGGAUGAAAUCUACAUGCUGUCAGUGUUCCAGGAGUCUCUGGAGUUCCGCAGCGUCCUGAGCCUGGAAAGGCUGCCUGACCCCCAGAGGACCCACGUACUGUGGGGCAUGAGCAAGGACUUCGGGAUGUCCGGGCUUCGCUUUGGCACGCUGUAUACAGAAAACCAGGAUGUGGCCACCGCUGUGGCUUCCCUCUGUCACUAUCACGGCCUUAGUGGUCUGGUCCAGUACCAGGUGGCACAGCUGCUCCAGGACCGUGACUGGAUCAACCGCGUGUACCUGCCUGAAAACCUUGCCCGGCUCAAGGCUGCCCACACCUACGUCUCGGAGGAGCUCAGGGCCCUGGGGGUCCCCUUCCUGAGUCGUGGGGCAGGUCUCUUCAUCUGGGUUGACCUGAGGAAGUACCUGCGCAAGGCCACCUUUGAGGAGGAGACGCUGCUGUGGCGCCGUUUUCUGGACAAUAAGGUGCUGCUGUCCUUCGGCAAGGCCUUUGAGUGUAAGGAGCCCGGCUGGUUCCGCGUGGUCUUCUCAGACAGGCCCCAGCGGCUUCGCCUGGGGAUGCAGAGGGUCCGGCAGGUGCUUGAGAGCAACCCCAAGUGACAGAGGAAGCCCCUCCCUCCCAGGGCAGAUGAGCUGCUCAGUGUCUGGUCAGCAGCCACUGCCUCCGACCUGGACGAUCUGGAUCAGGGGCUGCAAGACGGGCUCGACUUGCCCCAAGGACCUCUUUCCUGCCCGCCUGGGUGGCAGCAGGAGACUCCUUAAGCUGAGCUUCAUCUUGGCCAUUGCUGUCCCCUAUUAAACAACCUGGGACCAGCUAGA